ACGGGAAUCCCCAGCAGUGCCCGACCCGCGCUUAGAACUACAUCUCCCAGAUUGUGUUUAUUAGUUUGCUCCCAUUUAUAGCAACUGCCGUGUAUCGCACCCCCUGUUCAACACGGUCUGGACUGCGACAGAAGGGGCUUCAGGUAACAUUUUAUGUGACUGUGUCCCCCGUAAACCCCGGGAUGAAUGACGGAAUGGAGGAAGAGACGGUCCCCGUUGUGAUGGAGACCUCAUCGUACUCGCAGGUAGUUUUCAACGAGGUUCCUCCAUCAUAUCCGCCCAACAUCGCAGUUAUGUGCCGGUACACUCUCACCGGUGCUCUGGAGCCCAGCCCGAGGGACUGGAUCGGUAUCUAUAAGGUUGGUUGGAGUUCAACACAGAAGUAUUAUACCUACUUAUGGGUGGAACCUUGCCUGGACCAUGUCGGACCUGAACCAUUAGUGCAACAAGUGCUUUUCAAAGAGAGCUACCUGCCAAAGGAUGAUGGGGAUUUUUACCAGUUCUGCUAUGUGGACAGCUUUGGUCAUGUCAAAGGAGCCAGCACCCCAUUCUGCUUUCAAAACCCAGCAGAAACAAGCCUUGGCUGCAGCUUGGAGAAGGACCUGUUAGUCAUAACAACACAGGAGCAGGCAGAAAAGAUGGAGAAGGAGAAAGAAGACUUUGCAAAAGAGAUCAAGUCUUUAAAAGAAACAAAUACGAUCCUGAAAACUGAGUUGGAUGAAAGACUGCAUGAGAUCUGUCAUCUCAGGAGCUCCAUAGAUGAUUUGAAGUCAAAGGAUACACCAGAAUCUGCACUGCCAGAUGUACAAAGUUUUAAUCCCACCGAAGAGUCACUGACAUUUCUGCAUGAAAAGUACGAGAGAGCUGUUCAAAAGAUCCGCUUGCUUAAGAGAGAAAGGGCAGAGUUACAGAAACAGCUUGAUCUCAAGGAUCAAGAAUUCCUUGGGCUACAUACCAUGCUGAAAGAAGCAGAGCAAAAUAACAGCAAAGUACAGGACCAGGUCAAAUUGCUCCAGGUGGAUGUGCAAAGCAGCAGGAAAGACUAUGAGAAACUGUACACUGAAACCCAGGAGCUCAGGAUGAAAAACGAUCUGGAGGACCGGAGGGCUGAAAACAAAGCAUUACAAACAUCCUUUUCAGAGCAAGAAGCCCAACUGAAAGAAGAAAACAGCAAAGUACAGAUUCAUUCCCUGCUCACUCAGCUGACAGAGGCCAGAGGGCUGCUUCGCUGUGAGGUGCAGAAUUGCAGAGAAGCCUGCAAACGUGCAGAAACAGCUGAGCAGGAAUUGAAGGAAGUGAACAAGAAGCUGGAGGAGAUGACCUCGAAACAGGCAGAGGACAAGAAAACCAAUCAAAUCCAGGCACAACUUCAGCAGGCACAAGACAAAAUUUAUGAAAUGGCAGAGACAUCAAGAUUAGACAGAGAGAAGCUUGUGGAAAAGAAUGAGGAACUGAAGGCAGAAGUAAAUAAGCUUCGUAGGACAGUGUUCGACUACCAGGUUGCAUCUGUUGCCGCAAUGUCUGAUCAACUAUCCAACCCUCAAAACCCACCGGCCUCCCUGGAGCAAACAUACUCACCUGACUCUCAUUUCUAUGAGAGCAUUGAUAACUUGACAGCAAAUCCUGCAGGAACAGAGAUACAGGUGUGCCAGCACUGUUGGGAGGGCUUUCCUGCCAUCAGCGAGGAUGAACUGGCAGAACACGAGCAGUCUCACAAAGUGUGUCCACUCUGCACUCUGAUCUGUGAUGAUAUGGAACAGCAGGAGUUUGAAGAUCACGUCUAUGCUCAUGAGGAUUAGUCAAUUCGGUUUUCUAUAUCUGAUAUGCUAUAAAGUAUGGUGGCGCUUUUUAAAGUAGGAUUUUCGAGAUAUACAUCAGUUCUCUUUCAUUAUUAGCUGUUAUCUAUCUGAAAUAAAAUUGCUUUUUUUAUUAUGUAAUGAUAGUAAUAUCACUGAAGA